UUAUCUGUUUAAAGAUCAGAUUUUUAGUACAGUGAUUUAAGAAUCUUGGAUCUUUAUCUGAAUUUGAGAUUCAAAGGUUGAUAUGUUUUGUUUAGUGGAGAGAACUAACUGAAGUUUGUGUUUGUUUUCUACUGUCUGUGUAAAGAUCAGAUUUUUAUUUUUGAGAAAUGGAGUUCUUGGAAAGACCUGAUGCUCAAUUGAUUAUUGGAGUUGCUGUUGCAGCUGUUGCUGUUGGUGCUACAGCUUAUUUUUACUUCUCUUCAAAGAAGUCCAAAGUAUGUUUAAACCCUGAAGAAUUCAGGGCAUUUAAGCUUGUGAAGCGCACACAACUUAGCCAUAAUGUGGCGAAAUUCAGAUUUGAACUUCCAACGCCCACUUCUGUGUUGGGACUACCCAUUGGACAACAUAUUAGUUGCAGGGGCAAAGAUAGUCAAGGUGAAGAGGUUGUUAAACCAUACACACCAACUACUUUGGACUCGGACAUUGGAUAUUUUGAGUUAGUUAUAAAGAUGUAUCCCCAAGGAAGGAUGUCACAUCAUUUUCGGGAGAUGCGUGAGGGUGAUUAUAUGGAAGUGAAGGGACCCAAGGGCCGCUUUAAGUACCAGCCCGGACAAGUUAGAGCAUUUGGAAUGCUUGCAGGAGGCUCUGGCAUUACCCCAAUGUUCCAGGUUGCUAGAGCUAUUCUUGAAAAUCCUAAUGACGCGACAAAGGUGCACCUGAUAUAUGCUAAUGUUACUUCUGAAGAUAUUCUUUUGAAGGAAGAGUUGGAGGGUCUUACUGCUAACUAUCCUGGCCGUUUCAAAGUUUAUUAUGUCUUGAAUCAGCCUCCGGAAGAAUGGAGUGGUGGUGUGGGAUUUGUCUCCAAGGAAAUGAUCCAGACUCAUUGCCCUGCCCCAGCAGAUGACAUUAAGAUACUGAGGUGUGGUCCACCACCGAUGAACAAGGCAAUGGCUGCUCAUCUUGAAGCCCUUGGAUAUUCACCAGAGAUGCAAUUCCAAUUCUAACUUCUUUUUCUGUUUUCAUUUUUAUCCCUGCAUUAAAAGUAACCUCGAUUACAAGGGGUUGCGUUUUAUAGUCUGGGAAAAGACAUUUUCUAUUUUUCGGUGAAGAGAUUCAAAACCAUGCUUUCAAGUUUGAAUAACAUCUCAUCCUUGAGUAGAAAUGUCCUCUAUGCUAUUCUGGUCUUGCUUCAAAGUGCACUAACAUCAAAGUAACAGUUGAGUUGA